ACAUCCCUAAAACUGGCCGAGCAAGAUGUCGGGACUUUCACGCAGCAUGGCAAUCCCUGCAGGAGCGGGUGCCGUGGUGGCUGCCCUUGCGGUAGAUCAGAGGUUACAGUUGAGCCACGAUGCAUGGCUGGCGAUGAAGUUGGUUCCCAUCCUGGUGGGUGGCAAAUUGCGUAUGGGUCGAGAUAGCUACAGCAUUGCUGAUUUGUGGCAGGAGUCGGUGCAGCGCUUCGGGGAUCGUACCUUUACCAUCUUCGAGCAUCGACGACUGAGCUUCCAGGAUUUCGAGCACAUCUCUAAUCAAAUGGCGCAUUUCUUGCUGAAGCAGGGCUUGAAGACUGGUCAGGUUUGUGCGUUGAUGAUGGAGAACAAGCCGGAGUAUGUCUGCUGGUGGCUGGCCAUGGCAAAGAUUGGAGUGCAGGCAGCAAUGCUGAACUUCAAUCUCACAGGCAAAGGCUUGGCGCAUUGCAUCGCGGUGGCCGGUUGCGGAACCUUAGUCUUUGACGCAGGGACUGAGGCCAACCUGCACACUAUCGAUAGCCAGAUUCGAGAAACUGGCCUUCAACUGGUGUGCUGGGGAGGGAAGCCUCACUUGAGCUUUUCAAACACACCAGCCGUGGUGGACUACGAUCAGCUCAUGGGCUUCCCCUACCAAGGUUCCAACUUUGUGGAUUUGCGCAAAGGCAUCAAAUUCACAGACGUCUUCGGCUACAUCUACACCAGUGGCACCACUGGACUGCCAAAGGCAGCCAAGGUGACGCACGCGCGGAUGUAUGGCUUGGGCGGCAUCGGUCGUUUGUUGGGGCUAGGACCAGGUGAUGUGCUCUACACCUGCCUACCGCUGUAUCACACUGCCGGUGGCGGCUUGGGAGCCAUGUCCUGCUUUAUGUCUGGUGCCACGAUGGCUCUGGCGAAGAAGUUCAGUGCUGCGCGCUUUUGGAGAGAAAUCUCGGAACAGCAAUGCACGGCGUUUCAAUACAUCGGUGAGUUGGGCCGAUAUCUGGUGAACUAUGCCAGGGAUCAUCCGGAAGUGUGUGAGAUCCCGCACAAAUUGCGGGGGGCCAUUGGAAACGGCUUGAGGCCUGAGGUGUGGGAUGAGUUUCAGGAUAAGUUCAACAUCCCGGUGGUGGUGGAGUUCUAUGGAGCCACGGAAGGCAAUGGAGCCCUGGUGAACGUCUGCAGGAAGUCUGACCUGCAGCAGCGGGGCGCUGUUGGAAGAAGCGGUUUUGGCUUCGACCUGAUCACGGGCUUCAAAAUUGUGAAGUUCGACGUGGAAAACGAAACGCCUGUCCGUGGAGCCAAUGGCUUUUGUAUGGAGGCAGCGAUGGAUGAACCGGGUGAACUGCUUUUCCCAAUCAGAGAGGACCAUCCGUCCAAGAGGUUUGAUGGGUACACUGACCCCAAAGCGACGGAGAAGAAGGUCCUUCGGGAUGUCUUCAAGAAGGGGGAUUCCUGGUUCAGAUCUGGAGACCUUUUGUACAAGGAUGCCAAGGGCCUCUGGCAUUUCGUGGACCGGAUCGGAGAUACCUUCAGGUGGAAGGGCGAGAACGUCUCCACCAUGGAGGUCUCGCAAGUGCUGUCCAGCCUGCCUGGGGUCGAGGAAGCCAACGUCUAUGGCGUCCAGGUGCCAGGCGAGGCGGAUGGACGUGCGUGCAUGGUGGCCCUGCGGGGACAGGACUUGCAAUCACGUGAAAAACUUGAUGCUUUGCAGAGCCUUUGCGAGAAGGAGCUUCCGAGCUACGCGCGUCCUCGGUUUUUGCGUUUCUUGUCCGAUAUGGACAUCACCGGCACCUUCAAACAUCAAAAGGUGCAGCUGAGGGACCAGGGCUUUGAUCCUGCCAAGGUGCCAGAUCCCGUCUACAUUUUGCACCCCGAGUCCAAACGCUACGAGCCCUUGGACCCACAAGUGAUCAGCCAGCUACAGCAGGGACGUUCCAAGUUGUGAGGUAGUCGGCAGGACCAGUGGAGCAGUGAGCCAAAACGGUCCCGGUUUUGGAUGCCCAGAGUCGGCUAUCGGACGCCAUCAUCCAAUGGCUCUCAUGGAC